UCUGCCGGCACGCGCUUCCGCGUCAAUGAGUGUUCGGGGCUCGUGCCGUCAACUGCCGUGCCGUCUGCUUAAGUGCCCAAUAAUAAUAGUAAUAACGAUACACACAGUGCCGUCGGUGUCCGUCUGCGAUCGCAUUGCGCCAGCGCAUUUUUUCCGCGCUUUUAUUAAACAAUUUACCUGGUGUUUGUACGCAACUGUUCGCCUGCGGAUUUAUCGUACACGCAUAGGAUCUAUGUUCUACGGCCGUGAUUGCACGCUCACGUGAAUAAUAAAUAUAUUAUACCGCUGGCUUACAUUCUGCAGUAACACACAUAGGUACGAGUAAAACGCCACCCGCCACCUUGUCAACAGGAACAGCAUAGUAACGGAUGGUGGUCAUAGAAUAAUCCGCUUGACGAUGGAUAUGGUUCAGUAUCGUCAUCAUCAUCAUCACCAUCAUCACCAGCAUCUGCAGCAACAGCAGCAGCACCACCACCACCACCAGUCAUUCGACGGACAUCAGAUGACGCAUCUCGCUGCAGCGGGGGCGGCCGACUACGGUUUCGGCGAUCUGGGAAAUUCCAAUGGAAAGCGCGAAUCGCCGUCGCAGCACGGCGCGUACUGGCAGUGGCAACACUCGUCGGACGGUUCGUCGUCCGAGGGGUUCAAUCACGGACAGCGAGCAUUCCUCGACGACUCCGCGGACCGCGGCUGCUGGGACGCGACUGCGAGUUGCGGUAGUCCGCCACCUCCGUCGACCCGAGUGCCGCCGCUGGACGACCAAUGCUCGUUCACAGGUCAUCUGCAGCUGCUGCAGCCACUGACGUCUCGGCACAGCGACCGAUGGAAUCGUUCCUAUUUCAGACAAUCAUCAAAUGAUUACAUAUCAACAAAGUCUAAUAGCAAAGAGUCCAUAUCUCCCACAGUGGCAAGAAAGAGACGUUUAGCAGCUAAUGCAAGGGAACGUCGACGCAUGAAUGGUUUGAAUGAAGCAUUUGAUAGACUCCGUGAAGCUAUACCAACAUCCAUAGAAGAUGAACACAAAUUAUCAAAAUAUGAAACGCUACAAAUGGCUCAAAGUUAUAUAUCAGCAUUAUGCAACUUACUGGAUCAAGCUCAUAAAUAAAAUAUAAUUUAUUUCUCAAUUGUCAAUUUUUUUUACACAUAAAAUGUUUUCUAGUCACAAAAAAUA